AUACAGAGACCCAACUCCAUGCUCACGUUCGAGAAAGAUCCGUUUCAAGGCACUCAGAGUAUCCUGGAGAAGUUGACGAAUCUGCCGUUCCAGAAAGUCCAACACCGGGUUGAUACAGCGGACGCACAGCCGUCAAACGAGACUGGAGGAAUUUUGGUCAUGGUAACUGGAGCUCUGAUGGUGGACGAUCAACCACAGCCCAUGAGCUACGUGCAAGUCUUUAACCUGCUACCUGAUGCCGGAAGUUAUUACGUGCAGAACGACGUUUUUCGAUGUACGUGGGAUAUCUCA